GGCGUUUAUUUACUGGCCUCACUCAACUUCGCAGUUUCUCUAUCCAGACCGCCAAUCUCUUAGGCACGUACACUUUAUUGUAUUGUUUCGGUUCCCUACCCCUAGCUUUGGUGCUCGCGCGCACGCACACGUCGGUCUUCCCUCUCGAUCGCGCGCACCCACUCUCCACCUACACCAAACGGGUGCACGCCUCUCCACACCCGGGAUUGAACGUACUGUCGCUCCUGACUCCCUACGGUAGAAGGACUCAGUUACCUUACACACUUUCCAGCUCUGUCCCUGACCCCUUUUGUCACACACGUAGUUACUCGGCCCGCUCUCGGUGGUUGUACGACCACUCUCUGCCCUUGCUAGGUCACGGUUUUUGCGACCCUGCCCAGUUACCCCUCCGCUUUCUACACUGCUCUCUCCGAGGUGGGUCACACUCGCGAUCAUUUUUCACGCGCGCGCACACGCACACUCUGCGACACUCGCACCCCCACACUCCCGCCGGCGCCGAUGACCUCACGGCGCGCGCGCCGCGCGGCCCGGCGAGGCCACAGAUUGGCUGGCCGCGCCUCCGCGGCACUUCAAAGCCGGAGAGGGAGCUACAAUUGUGGCGGAAUGGGCGGAACUGAUCAUUGUAUUGCACACCUCUAAAAAAAACACUGCCUCUGAUUUAUCAAUAUAAAAAAGAUCCUCUGAGAGGAGGAGGGCGCUUCUGUGUGAUGGCAACUUCACUUCUAGGGGUGAGUCUCAGGAUCUUCUCUUGCUGGUUUAAUUAGUUUCCUUUUAUUGCCUAUCGGAGGGGGUUAAAGUCGCCCCGGCCAGGCCACGGGCUAUCAGUCUCUCUAUUGAGAGCCACCACCACCCCCCUAAAUACAAGUGAGUUUAGAAAAAAGAAAGGGGGGGGGGAGGAGGCAGAGCCACUUUUUUUUUUUUCAGCACAGGAAAGGUUCGUAGGGCAUUGAGACCCGCCACCUCGCAGAGCCUGGCCGCUCCCUGCUCGGGAGAACUGAGCAUAGCCCCUAAUACACUCGACGAUUUCGAAGGGGAACGCGACGUGGCGCUUUGCUCCAGAAUCAGACGCUCGCCGCCAAACUUGUCCCCUCCUGUAGAGUAGGAGGCAGCCGGGCGCCGGGGCAGCUGGGGGUGCAGGGAAGAACCGAGGUUGGGAUCCACUCCUCUGGCCAUGCUUGCUGCUACCUGUAAUAAGAUCGGCAGCCCCAGCCCGUCUCCCUCCUCCCUGUCGGACAGCUCUUCUUCCUUCGGUAAAGGCUUCCACCCUUGGAAACGCUCCUCGUCUUCCUCCUCCGGCAGCUGCAACGUAGUGGGUUCCAGUCUCUCUAGCUUCGGUGUGUCGGGGGCCUCCCGGAACGGCGGCUCCUCCUCAGCCGCAGCGGCGGCAGCGGCGGCAGCAGCGGCGGCCGCAGCCCUGGUGUCCGACUCUUUUAGCUGCGGAGGCUCGCCCGGCUCCAGCGCCUUCUCUCUCACCUCCAGCAGCGCCGCCGCAGCGGCAGCAGCUGCGGCGGCUGCCGCUUCCAGCUCGCCCUUUGCCAACGACUACUCUGUGUUCCAGGCUCCGGGCGUCUCGGGGGGCAGCGGCGGCGGCGGCGGGGGAGGCGGCGGCGGUUCCGGAGCGCACUCGCAGGAUAGCUCCCAUCAGCCAGUGUUUAUCUCCAAGGUGCACACGUCGGUGGACGGACUGCAGGGUAUCUACCCGCGCGUGGGAAUGGCGCACCCGUAUGAGUCCUGGUUCAAGCCUUCGCACCCGGGCCUUGGCGCCGCGGCCGACGUGGGCUCCGCGGGCGCCUCCAGCUGGUGGGAUGUGGGCGCGGGCUGGAUCGACGUGCAGAACCCCAAUGGGGCGGCAGCGCUGCCCGGCUCGCUGCACCCGGCGGCCGGGGGCCUUCAGACGUCGCUGCAUUCACCGCUGGGAGGCUACAACUCGGAUUAUUCCGGCCUGAGCCACUCCGCAUUCAGUAGCGGUGCCUCGUCGCACCUGCUCAGCCCUGCAGGACAGCACCUCAUGGACGGUUUCAAGCCGGUAUUGCCCGGCUCUUACCCCGAUUCCGCCCCGUCGCCGCUGGCCGGCGCGGGCAGCUCCAUGCUGAGCGCGGGGCCCGCGGCGCAGUUAGGGGGGUCCCCACGCUCGUCCGCUCGCCGCUACUCCGGCCGCGCCACUUGCGACUGCCCCAACUGCCAGGAGGCUGAGCGGCUGGGCCCAGCGGGAGCGAGCCUGCGUCGCAAAGGGCUGCAUAGCUGCCACAUCCCGGGCUGCGGCAAGGUGUACGGCAAGACGUCGCACCUGAAGGCGCACCUGCGUUGGCACACCGGCGAGCGGCCGUUCGUGUGCAAUUGGCUGUUCUGCGGUAAGCGCUUUACGCGCUCCGACGAGCUGCAGCGGCACCUGCGGACCCACACGGGCGAGAAGCGCUUCGCCUGCCCGGUGUGCAACAAACGCUUCAUGCGCAGCGACCACCUGAGCAAGCACGUGAAGACACACAGUGGUGGCGGCGGCUCGGCGGGCUCCGGCGGCGGCAAGAAAGGCAGCGACACCGACAGCGAGCACAGCGCGGCGGGAAGCCCUCCUUGCCACUCCCCUGAGCUGUUGCAGCCUCCAGAGCCGGGCCACCGCAACGGCCUGGAGUGACUGUCGCGAUGCCUCCCACCUGAAUCCCGUCGGGCUUGUGUACCUAGACUGGGCUCCAGUCUAGGCUAGCUGUGCGUUCUUUCCCCCAACUUCUCAUUCUCUCUCUCACCGGUUUUCUGCUCUUAACUUUUAGGAUGUGGACAGUAAGUAGCACACAUCGGUGGCUGAAUCCUUGGCUCCCUUCUGCACAGUGACAGCCAUGCGGGGCGCAGUGGAAACCCGCUCCUCCAGCACUGGGCUGGCGGAACUUUGAAGAGGCUGUGGCCUCUGGGGUUAGGACGGGAUGAAUGGGUUGUCUGGUAGAACAGUGGCUUUUGUGGCCUUGGAAAGAACAGUGUUCAACCCGCUUGAGCCGCAGCUGUAGGGAGAGGGAUGUAGGAGUCCUGCCAAGGAAUCCCCUCCUGGACCCCCGAGUGCUCCCCUUGGACUGUCCUGUGCUGAGCAUUACACUCGUGGGAGGACUGCUGCAACCCAGACCGGGUUAGCAGAGUUUAGAUCUCCCCAUUCAGCUCUGGCUAGGUCUUUGUGCCCUGCGGGUGAACCGAUGAGAGUUCUGCGAACGGGAAUCAAUGCCUCCCCCUCCUUUCUUCUUUGUAACUUUUUAUUUUUUAACUGAAAAACUGAGAGGAAAAAAAUAAACAAGCAAUCUUCCUCUUAGCUUCUCGUUUAGAUAGUUUUCCUCUGCUUGCGAGCACGUUUCUCUCCAAACUGCAAAUAUUGAUCCCAAAGUUAUUUUGGUCGCCGUAAUUUAUGGGGUGGGGGCGGGAGUGAGGGUAGGUGUCUUUUCUUAUGCAAAAAUACCCCCUUUCCGGUGAGACCAGAUUAAGUAUCUUCGUGUUUGUCUUUUUCUACCUCGGUUUUUUCACCAUCCCCAAGCAUAUUCUUCCAACUUCCCACAUCACCACCACUUUUGGGUUAGUCUAGGAAUCAAUUUAUCUACUGAUUUCUGUAAAUUAUUGCAAGUCAUUGAUUAAUUUUAGGGUUAAACUUUUUCUUUGUGAUUUAAACUUAAGUGAAGAAGCUAUCGUUUAUUUCAGAUGAGGCUGUAGUUUAAAUGCCAAAAGAGGGAAACGGGGAAACAAUUUUUAAAAAUUCUUUGUAAAAUAUAUCUGAACCUAAUGGUUUGUACAACUGGAAAAUCGUUCUAGAUUAGUUUCCCAUUAAACUUGACUCCGCCGCUGUGAGGUGUGAGACGAUUUUGUAUAGUAUUUUUCUUGUACAUUACUUCCGGUAAAUAUUUGAAAAUAUAUUGAAGUAAACUUGAUUUUUUUUCUUUUUCGUCAGAAGGAAUUAUUAAGAGUUAUUGCUGAGGUUCUAAUGAGCUGCAGGUGUUUUUUUUUUUUUUUUUUUUUUCCUUUUUCUUUUUUCCUUGAACUCAAUUCUGGAGGUGCAGAGCCACACACGCACUUUCCGGGCCUAGUUUUGCUCGAAUAUGAAUUUAGAUAGGUAUCAAGCUGUAACUAAGACACUAUUUGAUAAAUGUUGGAUGACAUUUAAUUUAAUGGCGCAUGUACUUAUUUGCAUUUGCUGGCAGUUCAGGUAUAGUUAAAGUGAGAGUUCUCCUAUACUUCAUAAUAACGGGGUCUGCCAAACCCAUGUAUUAAAUAAAUUGUCCAAGUGAUACUCGACUAACUUUGGCCUUUGUGUAUUUCCUGAAGGUGAUAUUGUUAACUGUUGACAAAUACUCCUGACACUACAUUUAAGUGUUGUUUGCAGAGUCUGCAAACUAACUAUUCAUUGUCAUGUUGAAAUAAUUUGGAUAUUUCACAUUGAAAUGAAAAGCCUUUCUCUGGAACAUUAGACUUGCAUUUUAAAUGCAUGAAAUGUAAUUGAUUUAUUUGUAAUAUUUUAAAUGGUAUUAAUAAACUCAAAAAAGACUAGGUCAGUUAAUUUGGUGUUUUUCCCCCCCUUUUAAAACUACGGGCAUUUGCAUUUUAUCUUCCGUUUUAAUGUCUAAUUUAAACAAAAUAUGACCCUGUUUUUUGUGGCAAUAUUUAAUUAUUUGCCUUUAAGAUAUUAUGUAGAUGGAAGAUCUAUUUGGCAAAGCUGUUUCUUUGUUUACCAAGAUAAAGAUUAUAGUGUCUAAGAUAUGUAAUUAAUUAUUUACCAUUAGAUUUAGCUCAGCACCAGGAUUUAUUGACCUCUUAAAACUUGUAGUAAUUCACAAACAAUUCAAAGAAAUUCCAUGUUGCUGCUUCCUUCUCAGUCUUCAGAAGGAGUCAGGUUGUUGGCCUUUGAUCGAGUUUAGUGUUUGAAAGGCCAAGACUUAGAUGAAAGAUCAAUACAUCUAAAAUAAAAGCAUCAUUUGGGGAUACCUUCUGUUAGGAGACAGAGGGGGUCAAGCUAACAAAAGCUUGUUUUCUGGCACUCUAUGUCUUAGCUAAACAUUCUGCAGAGGUAAAUAUCAGUAGAUUCCUGUUGAAAUGAGUUAUCUGUUCUUUAAAAGUCUCUAAACAGCCACCAAAGAAAAGAAAGGUUAAACCUUAAUCUAUCUACGAGGCUAUUGUUCAAAGGUGUCAAUGAUGCCAAUAAAAAAACAUUGUCUUGUUAUGUCUAAGUGCAUUUAAGCAAUGGGUGUUCCUUGAGCCAUACUUUGAAACAUAGUAUACUUUAAAUGUUGAUUGAUGUUAUAUCAAACUAUUUCACUAUUAGAUUAAUAUUAUUUUGAAUCAAACUUAAUAAAAAGUUAGUGUGUUGAGAUUCUAA